AUGUCAGCAUCAAUUUAUAACAGCAACUUGAUGACAACUCGAGUUGACAAUUUGUCAUCCACGAUUAUCAGCAUAUUGUCAGCAAAUUGUCAGCAACUUGUAGACAACUUGUUAUCAUCGGACGACCACCACCAUCCCGCGGGCAAGGAAACAGGGACCGGACCGUCCCCCGGCCGCAAGGGCGCCUGUCGUCGCUCUACCUGGGAACCUUCCUCCGUCGGCCCCCGAGCUUAUCAAGGACAAUACCUGGAUCCGGGAGUGACGGAUCUGCAGUGGAGGCUGGGACCUGAACGUCCCCCAGCCGCAAGGGCGCCCGUCGCUCGACACAGGAGCCCUCCUCCGUCGGCCCCCGAGAUCUGCGAAGGACGACGUUUGGACCCGGGGGUAUCGUUCCUGCCGUGGAGACUUAUCCUGGUGGACCUGCCAGACGAGAGAGUGACAAGGUGGAGGUUGGCGGACCCACGACCUCGGCCGGUCACCACCCAAGUCUCGCGCUCCACGCAGACGGGCGUCGGCUGCGCCCAAUCUCGUUCCUCACUGGCGCCUCUGAGCCCGCUGCCAACAACGCCGCAGAAGCCACGAACGCCAGGUCGACCGCGGAGUCCCGUCCGGAGAUGGCCUCCGAGCCCGCGGCUAUCAACGCUGCAGCAACCAAGGACGCCGGCGCGACCGCCGAGUCCUCUUAGAGAACCUCCGGCGACGCCAGACCAGCCGUCGAGCCUGCCCGCCGAAUCGGCGAGCCUCACUAGUCCGCCGCACCGCACGUCGAGCACAAGCACCAGCCCUCGACACGUUGUCUUUAUUCCACUACCUUUAAAGCCCAUCGCCAAUGGCUUGAAUUCUUCUGUGAGACCCGCCAGCAUAAUCGCACCUAUCAGUUCGUCGCCGAUAUUGAGACCAAAGUUAUUUAAUUUAUUGGCAGCGCCUGUAAUUUGA